AUGAAUUGGCUAACUGAGAUCGAGAAGAUCUUCAAUGUCAUGGAUUAUCCCCUCACUCAGAAGGUGAAGUUGGCCACCUUCAUGUUGACUGCUGAUGCUCACUUUUGGUGGGAAGGAGCACUUCGGAGAAUGAUUGAUGGAGAGGUGCACUUGAAUUGGGACAACUUCAAGAAAGCUUUUCUUGAGAAGUAUUUCCCGGAUGAUGUGAGGAGUCGGAAAGAAAUGGAAUUCCUUGAGCUGAAUCAAGGGAAUGACAUAAUGGCAGAGUAUGCUGCCAAAUUUGAUGCUUUGGUCCGUCAUUGUACACACUACCAUGGUGAGGGUGGUGAAAGGGCUAAAUGCAUAAAAUUUGUAAAUGGUCUAAGUCCUGAAGUGAAAACUGCAAUUAACUAUCAAGAGAUAUAUCACUUUCCCACUCUAGUCAAUAAGUGCAGCAUUUAUGAUCGUGACAACUGUGAUCGUGCUGCUUUCUAUAAAGGAGUUGGAGGUCCUAUCCGUGCUGUGAAUUCUAGUACUUCAAGAAGAAGUAAGCCUUACUCUACUCCUACUAGAUUUCAAGGGAGUAAAGCUGCUGCUAAUAAGAGCAAGUCAUUUACAAGAGGAUCUACUGUUAGUGCUACUGGAAGUGUUGGAGGGUCUGUGUCCACUCCUUCAGUAAGAUGCUGGAAGUGUGGACAUGUUGGUCAUAAUCAGUCUGACUGUCGUGACAAGGAGAUUACCUACUUCAACUGCAAUGGUAAAGGUCACAUCAGCACCUAA